CUGCCAAAGAAUAACAAAUAUGAACGACUCUACAAAGGAAUCUAUUAUGAAGGUUGUCGAUAUCUCCAAGACCGUCAUUCACUGGGGAUUCAUUCCUUUCGUCAUUUACCUCGGCAUGACUCGCAGCAAUCCCAAGCCCUCUUUGUUGAAGCUUAUCAGCCCUCUUGCCUAAACAAUGUUCCACUUUGUAUAGACGUUAAUCAAUGAACAUUCGCUUCUUGUAUUUUUUUAUUCUCAAUAUCGAAUCAACCUUUGUUUCAAUUGUCGGCUAAACUAUGCUCACUCACUUUCGAAUGAAAUGCAGCACUGCUAUCGACCUGAAAACCGUACAGUCAUGUCUGGGGAUAUUGGUACCCUUUUUAUUUGUGUCAGAUGUGCGGACAGCUUCUUCGGUUGUGCGGGGAGACAAUAUGCUGGGGAAUAGACAUUGCUCAAACUUGCGGGGGUUAUUAUAUCAGUCAAGCGUGUUAUGGAGAAAUCGUAUAAUCGG